CCAAAAUAACAUGGAUGGAGAUGCCUGUGGUAUAAAAAGUAUUGUAGGAUAAACAUUCCUUUCUUUUAAAACCGCACUGAAAACCCGGGGGAGCAUUUAUUGAUGAGUUCAUAGAUGGCAGAGGAAGUGUUAUUAGCAGAAGAUGGGAAAUGUGUGGGGUCUCUCACCAAGUCGCUGCUGGCCGUGGCUUUCCUGGCCUCGUUCGGUAGCUCCAUGCUCUAUGGCUACAACCUGGCCGUCGUCAACUCUCCUGCAGAGUACAUCAAGGCAUUCUAUAACCAGACGAUGGUAGCAAGGAACGGGACGGGUCUGGACGACAAGACUCUUACGUUGUUCUACUCUGUCACCGUGUCUGUGUUUGCCAUCGGGGGCAUGGUGGGCAGCCUCACGGUGGGCAUACUAGUCACCAGAUUUGGAAGGAAAGGCACCCUGGUGAGAAUCACAUGCCUGGUGUUUAUAGCUGGAGCCUUCAUGGGCUUCAGCAGGACCUUCGGCUCCCCAGAGAUGAUCAUUGUUGGACGCUUCAUCACAGGGGUACACUCAGGUAUCUCUCUGAGUGUGGUGCCAAUGUAUCUUGGGGAGAUAGCACCUAAGAACCUACGUGGGUUCCUGGGCCUCGUGCCUAGCAUCUUUAUCUGUAUAGGAGUCUUCAUCGCUCAGAUCCUGGGGCUACAUGAACUACUGGGAAAGGAAGAGCACUGGCCCCUUUUCCUGUCUCUGGUGGUGAUCCCCACCAUGUUCCAGCUGAUGCUGUUGCCAUGGUUCCCAGAGAGCCCGCGGUACCUGCUCCUAGAGAAGAGGAAUGUCCACGCCACCAUCACAGCUCUGAAGUGGUACCGGUCCAAAGUGAACAUCCAGGCAGAGAUCGAGGAGAUGCAGGAGGAGCAGCGGUCCAUGUCCUCGGUCCAGACCGUGUCGGUCAUCGGUCUGCUGAAGGACCGGAGCGUCCGCUGGCAGGUCAUCACUAUAGUGGUGGUCAAUAUCGGCAUGCAGCUGUCCGGUAUCGACGCGAUCUGGUUCUAUACCAACGCCAUCUUUGAGAACGCAGGUAUCCCAGUCCCUCAGAUCCAGUACACCACGGUUGGAACCGGAGCCAUCGAGGUUAUCGCUGGAUGCGUAGGGUGCUUCACCAUUGAACGGCUGGGCAGAAGACCUCUGAUGAUUGGUGGAUUCACCUUCAUGGGAAUAUGCUGUGCAGGGAUCACGCUCUCCCUCAUGUUCCAGUCCCACUACAUCAGUGUUGCCUGUGUGGUGGGGAUCAUCGCUGGCUUCUGUAUAGGACCAGCUGGAGUGCCCUUCCUGAUUACAGCAGAGCUGUUUAAACAGUCCCAUCGUCCGGCUGCCUACACUGUGGCUGGAUGCCUCAACUGGCUGUCCAACUUCACCAUCGGCUUUGUCUUCCCCUUCCUACAGAUGUCGGCAGGGGCCUACUGCUACCUCGUGUUCUUUGGCGUGUGCACGGCCGUGGCGGCCUACGUCUUCUUCAUCGUCCCCGAGACCAAGAACAAGACAUUUGUGGAGAUCAGCCAGAUGUUCGCGGCCAGGAACGGCAUGCUGGAGGAGGAGAGCAGCGAACUGGGCGUCGCUAACAACCCCCAACUGGCCAAGAUGAACGGCUAUGGUGCCGUCGACCUGGAGUACGACGUCAUAGAGAAGAAGAAGUAGGGAGAGAGAGAGAGAGAGACAAUUCAUUGUUC